UUUUUCCCCCCCCUCUUUCCUGCUUGGCUUGCUUUAGGCUGCCUUUUUGUGGCAAUAUGGAAGGCAUGGGGAAGGAAGAAGUGGAAGGUAACACUGAUGCAAACAUGGAAGGGGCUCUGAUAGCCCGGGACAGAGUCGGGGUGCAGGACUUUGUACUUCUGGACUCCCACACCAGUGAGACUGCUUUCCUGAACAACCUUCGCAAGCGAUACCAAGAGAACCUCAUCUAUACGUAUAUUGGUACUCUUCUUGUAUCUGUCAACCCUUACAAAGAGCUGGAUAUCUACACCGUGACACAGAUGCAGCUUUAUCGAGGGGUAAACUUUUUUGAACUGCCACCACAUCUAUAUGCCAUAGCUGACAAUGCCUACCGGGUGAUGUGCAGUGAGUACAACAACCAUUUCAUCCUCAUCUCUGGGGAGAGCGGAGCUGGGAAGACAGAAGCAUCCAAGAAGAUCUUGCAGUAUUACGCAGUAACCUGUCCAACUACGGAGCAGCUGCAGAUCGUCCGUGAUCGUCUGCUACUUUCCAACCCUGUUCUGGAGGCUUUUGGAAAUGCAAAAACUCUGCGUAAUGACAACUCGAGUAGAUUUGGGAAAUACAUGGAUAUCCAAUUUGAUUUUAAGGGAGCUCCGGUGGGAGGGCACAUCCUCAGUUACCUAAUCGAGAAAUCCAGAGUUGUCCAUCAAAACCACGGAGAAAGGAAUUUCCAUAUCUUCUACCAGUUACUGGAGGGUGGAGACAAGGAUCUUCUUUGCUGGCUUGGGCUGGAGCGCAACCCCCAGAAGUAUGCGUAUCUCAUCCAGGGUCGAUGUGCCAAAGUGUUUUCUAUUAAUGACAAGAAUGACUGGAAAAUAGUCCGCAAAGCUUUUUCUAUCAUUGACUUUACUGAAAAAGAUAUAGAGCAUCUCUUUGGAAUUGUUGCUAGUGUGCUGCACCUUGGGAACAUUCAGUUUGAAGAAGAUAGCAACGGACAUGCCAUCAUUCGCGAUGGCACGCAGAUCAAGUGGAUUUCAAAGCUAUUGGGUGUGCACUUGUCCAUUCUGCAGGAAGCUCUCACUCAUCGGAAGAUCGAAGCCAGAUCCGAAGAGGUCCUAAGCCCAUUGAACGUGGAUCUGGCAUUCUGUGCUCGGGAUGCGGUAGCAAAGGCGAUUUACGGACGAACUUUCACUUGGCUAGUCAACAAAAUUAACGGCUCUCUGGCCAACAAGGAUUCAACUCGGAAAACAGUUAUCGGCCUGCUGGAUAUCUAUGGUUUUGAAGUGCUGGACACAAACAGCUUUGAGCAGUUCUGCAUUAAUUACUGCAAUGAGAAGCUCCAGCAGCUCUUGAUUGAGAUGACCUUGAAAGCAGAGCAGGAGGAAUAUGAACUGGAAGGAAUAGAGUGGGAACCAAUUCCAUAUUUUAAUAACAAGAUUAUCUGCGACCUGGUUGAGCAGAAGCAUAAAGGAAUAAUCUCCAUUCUGGAUGAAGAAUGCUUACGACCUGGUGAAGCGACUGAUUUGAGCUUCUUGGAAAAGCUGGAAGAGAAAGUAGGAGAUCAUGCCCACUUCGUGACCCGCAAGCUUGCAGACCAGAAAACACGGAAAUCCAUUGACUGGGUGGAUUUCCGCCUCCUUCACUACGCAGGAGAAGUCACUUACUGCGCUGUUGGAUUUCUGGAGAAGAAUAAUGAUCUCCUGUACAGAAACCUGAAAGAGGUGCUGUGCAACUCUAAAAAUGGCAUCAUUAGAGACUGCUUUCUACUGUCAGAGCUCGACAACAGGAGGAGACCAGAGACUGUUGCAACUCAGUUCAAAAACAGUCUGACGAGCCUUAUAGAAAUCCUGAUGUCCAAGGAGCCUUCUUAUGUCCGAUGUAUUAAACCGAAUGAGAACAAAGAGCCUGGGAAGUUUGACGAUUAUCUGAUCCGACAUCAGGUGAAAUACCUGGGCCUGAUGGAGCACUUGCGGGUGAGACGAGCUGGCUUCGCAUAUCGGCGGAAGUAUGAACUCUUCUUGCAAAGGUAUAAAUCCCUCUGUCCAGCUACCUGGCCACAUUGGCAUGGGCCAGCAGCUGAGGGUGUGGAGAGGCUCAUCAAGCACAUUGGUUACAAGCCUGAGGAAUACAAAUUAGGAAGAACCAAAAUAUUCAUUCGGUUCCCAAAGACUCUGUUUGCUACUGAAGAUGCAUUUGAAUUCAGAAAGAACCUGUUGGUUUCAAGACUACAGGCCAAAUAUAAAGGAUGCCUUGGAAAGAGAGAGUACAAGAAGAAGAGAGAAGCAGCUAUCAAGCUGGAGGCUUGUUGGCGAGGAGUGCUGGCACGGAAGGAGGCCAAGAAGAGGACGUGGGCGGUUCAGAUAAUCAGGAAGUUCAUAAAUGGCUUCAUCAAUCGGAAGAAACCCCUUUGCCCGGAGAACAUUGAGUUUGUCCAGCUUGUGCAGUACAACUACUUGACAAAGCUCAGAGACCACGUUCCAAAAAACGUCUUGGACAAGAGCUGGCUCCAACCCCCUUCCAUCCUGGAAGAGACAUCUGAGAUGCUACAGAAAAUCUGCGUUAGGAACCUAGUAAGGAGAUACUGCCGAGGCGUUACUGCUGAGAGGGAAGUGCAGUUACAGCAAAAAGUGGUAGCAAGUGCCGUUUUCAGAGGGAAGAAGGAGGGCUACCUGCAGAGCAUAAACCAGCCUUUCGUGGACACCCGACUAAAAGAGAAUGAUAUAAACCCCAAAGUACUGCAGCUCAUCCAUGGUGAGAAGAUCAAGUAUGUGACCCCCGUGAUAAAAUAUGACAGGAACGGGUUCAAAGCACGAGACCGGCUACUUGUUCUGACCCAGUCCUCGGCGUAUGUGGUGGAAAUGGCCAAGAUCAAGCAGAAAAUAGACUAUGCUACUCUGAAAGGUAUUUCCACCAGUAACCUGAGCGAUGGGAUUGUAGUCAUUCAUGUGCCUGAGGACAACAAACAGAAGGGAGAUGUGAUACUUCAGUGCGAGCAUAUCUUUGAGACGGUUACUAAACUCUGCAUGCUGGCCAAUAAGCAAAACCUUGUUAAAGUUGUGCAGGGAAGUCUUCAGUUUCGCAUUGGCUCUGGGAAGGAAGGGACGAUGGUGUUUACCGUUGGGCAGGAGCCUCAGGUCUUCAAAGCCAAAAAUGGACAACUAACAGUGGUGUCAGCCCAGGCAAAGUCUUGAUGAGAAACAGUUUCUGUUCCUGGUCACUGUCUUGGCUAGGAACAGAAAGGAGCCUGCAGGAUGAGACCAGCACUCACAUCUCCCCUGGAAUCUUUGAUGCCAUAGGGCUGCUGCGAUUUGAAAGUUUGCUUGCAUCUUUUAGGCUUUUUUUUAAUAGCUUAAAACUAUUUAAUGAUAGCUAAAUAAAUCCCAUUAUGUUGCUGUAACAUUCCGGUGAGCAUAGAUGCUCAUUACAGAGUCACAGGGAAAUCUUUAAACCAAAAGCUGCAUAAAAUGUCUGUCUCUGUGCACUUGGUAAGAGCUGAGAGCUCUGACUAGUCAGGAAGGAUUAAGAUAGAAGCAAAAAGGCUUCUCUAGCUAUACUUUGAUGCAGUUCUCCUGGUGAGUUGUGGCUCAAGGAAGUUCACUCUGGUCUGAAAACGCCUUUUCUCUCAGGCAGACUGGCAAAGCCUUUAAAACCAGCAGCUAGUCCUUCAAAAUACCAAGCUGGUAUUUUACCAAGCUGGUAUUUUUGUUGGUGCAUCAGCAUAUGAAGCUGCUCACUUGGAAAUCUCAGUAAGCUGCUUUGUCUGCUCUGACGUGGGGGAAGAUCUUUGCUUUUAGAGUAACACUGUCCUGGUUCUCCCUGCGCAGCAACUAUGCACGGUGCAGUGGAAGCAAAACUGUAAAUGACCAAAACGCUUCCUCUUAAAGAGGGAUGUGCUGGCUUGGUGCAAUCCAGUUCAGAAGAAACCAGUCUCCUGCUCCUGAACAACCUUCAUCUCUAUCCACAGAGCUGAGACCCUGCUCGCUCGAGAGUGUGGUAGGCACUGCUGUUCCCUCGAGACGUACUGGGGCAGCUACAAGGGGAGAGGGUGGAAGACAGGAAUUCUGUGCUGCCUCCUGCCUGGAAGCUGCAGCUGUACUGCUAUUCUCUGUGUUCAUAGCGCUUACUCUGCUGCCUCAUGUUGAGGCAAACUUGGGUAGCUCCUGCUCCAGCUUGCUUUGGCUAGGCUGAAACUACAGCCUCAAGAUCCUUGACUUGCUGCCUUUAAAUCCUGGGGUCUGCAGAGUCCUGAGAGCCAGAUCGCUGGUGCCAGGAGCUAAAACUAACAGCCAGGAGGAGGAGGAUGUCUGGUAUUUCUUCCUGAAAGUUCCUUCCAGCUCCACGGACCAGGAGGACAGCAUGCUUCAAACAAGUAAUGAAGUGACUCGCAUGUAAAUAU